AUGGUCGAAGUGUCACUCACAGUAGGAAAGCUUGACGCUUCCCUUGCGUUGCUCUUAACGAAAGAUCACCAUCUCAUCGAAUUCCCCACCAUAUUACUCCCUAAUGGAGUCAAGGCAGGCUCUAUAGUGAAGAUCCGGGUUGAUCGGGACUUGGAGACUGAAUUGGAAGAAAAGAAGCAGUUCCAGGCUAUCCAGGAUGAAAUUAUCGAUACUUUUGGCAAGAAUUUGCCCAAGACCCCUCAAUUGAGAGUUAAAAACGUCACCCAGACUUCAUGUGUCUUGGAAUGGGACGAAUUGGACUUGGGCACUGCCUCUUUGAAGAAUUUGGUCUUGUUUAGAGACGGCAAGAAACUCGGUGCUAUCCCCCAGGCUCUUACGAACAAAACAACCAAAUUGUCUGGUUUGCCUAUUGACAAAACUUUCAAAUUCCACUUGCGUUUGGACACCACUGCAGGUGUUUACAAGUCUGAAGAAGUGGAGGUUACGACCCAUAAAAUGACUGAUUUGUCUGGUAUUACGGUCUGUUUGGGUGACAUCACGCCUAACGACCAGUUUACUGUUGAUGACAUCCAGGCUGCCUUGAAAAAUAUGGGUGCCCACCAUCCUGCUCAAGAAACCGUCAAGGUUGAUACUACUCAUUAUAUUACUACAAGAGAGAACAAGCAGAACCCAGAAUUCGUCAAGGCAAACGACAUGAAUAUUCCUAUCAUACGGCCUGAGUGGUUGAAGGCUUGUGAGCGCGAGAGAAGAAUUGUGGGUGUCAGAGACUUCUACGUUAAGGACUGUCUGUUGCCAGAUAUCUUGGGAAGAGACUACUGGAAGAAGGGUGGUCUGAAGGAGGCCGCUAAGGCACCUACUACCGACAACGCCAAUCUCUCUAGUACUCCAGUCGUUCAAGUGACCUCGCCUUCUCCAGAUCAAAGCCGUGAUGAGAACGCCGCAGAAGAGAGCAAGGAGGAGCCAAAGAGUGAAUCGAAAGAACCAGAGGCUGCAGCUGAACCAACCAAGGCUGACGAGCCUGCUGCCGAAGAGGAGACCAAACAAGAAGAGUCUGCCCCUCUAGAUACAAAGGAGGAAGUUAAGGAGAACGGUGAUGUUGAGGAGCCAAAGGAUGGGCUAAAGGAAGAGCCAAAGGAAGAGCCAAAGGUGGAAUCAACGGAAGAGCCAAAGGAAGAAGCUACUUCAGAGCCUACUGAAGAGCCCAAAAUUGAAGAAACCCCAAAGCAACCAGAAUCCGAAGAUAUUGCCGCUGAUACGAAUAUAACGACUGAGUCGCAACCAGUUGUCGAAAGUAAGGAAGUUUCCGGAGAUUUGUCUGAGGUUGACCUUAAUGAGUCCAAUUCCAAGUCUGGUGUCACCGAACAUGCAAACCUUGCUGAGGACCUUGCGAAGGAAGAAGCUAAGGAGUCGCAAGAGGCUGCUCAGAGUGCCAUUGACGGUACCACCGAAGUAAACCUCGAUGAAGAUAAUGAUGAUGACGAAGGCAAUGAAGACGACAAGACCGACGACACAGCCGACAAGUCAGGCGAAGGAAACAAAAGUGGCUCUUCCAAAAAGAAGAAGAAUAAGAAGAAGAAUAAGAAAUAA